AAAAUCCCAAGACCUCCAAAUGCUUUCAUUUUAUAUCGACGAGCUAAACAAAAGUUGAUCACUAAGGAACGUUCUAAUGCAAAAAUUUCACAGUUAUUGGCAAAAAUGUGGAGAGAUGAAACAGAGGAAGAAAAAUUACGUUGGCGAAAAAUUGCGGAUAGAAAAAAAGUGGAACAUAUGCAAGCACAUCCUGGAUAUGUUUAUCGUCCCAAAAGACCUAUUUCUAAUGAUAAGAGAAAACGUAGUAAAACAACUCCGUCAAAACAGCCGAUUUCAACU